AGGACCGUUACCACUUUGCUGUACCCGGGGUGCAUUGCAAGCCAAAUCCAGCACCCCGUCAACUCCGCCCUCUUAUCUCUGCAGAUUGUGACAGUUUUGGAAGAUAUAGGUCGAUGCGAUCAAGUAUAACCGUGUGCCAUCAGAGCCAUCAGGAUGCUCUCUGCAGCUGCUUCAGGCAAAGUCGGGUUCAAUAUGGGGAUGGGAGUGGGCAGGUGUGUGUCAGCCUGGUUAAGAGGGUCCCCCAAUGCCCUGAACAGAAGGAGGGACUGGGACCCCUCUCCCAGGUACAGCACCACAGCAGCCAAAUCCAGCACCCCGUCCUUCAACUAUGUCAUCGUGGGCGCUGGCUCGGCGGGCUGCGUCCUGGCCAACCGUCUCACGGAGGAUCCCCAGGAGUCGGUGCUCCUGCUGGAGGCCGGCCCUAAGGACAGGACCCUGGGCAACGUCCGUCUCUCCUGGAAGAUACACAUGCCGGCCGCCCUCACCUACAACCUGUGUGACGACAAGGUCAACUGGUUCUACCACACCCUGCCCCAGGAGCACGUGAACAACCGGGUGAUGUACUGGCCCCGCGGCAGGGUGUGGGGUGGCUCCUCCUCUCUCAACGCCAUGGUGUACAUCCGGGGCCACGGUGAGGACUACAACCGCUGGCAGAGGGAGGGGGCGGAGGGCUGGGACUACGACCACUGCCUGCCCUACUUCCGCAAGGCCCAGUGCCACGAGCUGGGAGGCGACCGGUACCGGGGAGGCAGCGGGCCCCUGCACGUGACCCGGGGGAAGACGAACCACCCUCUACACCGGGCCUUCAUAGAGGCUGGCCAGCAGGCUGGGUACCCCUUCACUAACGACAUGAACGGCUUUCAGCAGGAGGGCUUGGGCUGGAUGGACAUGACCAUCUAUGAAGGUAAGAGGUGGAGCACAGCCAGUGCGUACCUGCGACCGGUCCUUACCCGAGCCAACCUGAGGACAGAGGUGCAAUGUCUGACUACCAGGAUCCUGUUUGAUGGGAGGAGAGCUGUGGGUGUGGAGUACACUCAGAACGGGGAGAAGAAGCAGGUUUUUGCUGAAAAGGAGGUAAUUCUCAGUGGUGGGGCCAUCAACUCCCCACAGCUUCUCAUGCUGUCCGGGGUGGGCAACGCUGAUGACCUGAAACAGCUAGACAUCCCUGUGGUCCAGCAUCUACCAGGAGUGGGGAGUAAUCUUCAGGACCACCUGGAGCUGUAUGUUCAGCAGCAGUGCUCUCAGCCCAUCACCCUGUACAAGGCCCAGAAGCCUUUCCACAUGGUCAAGAUUGGCCUGGAGUGGCUCCUCCAAUAUACAGGAUACGGGGCCACGGCCCACCUGGAGAGCGGGGGCUUCAUCCGGAGCAGAGGGGGCGUGGCCCACCCCGACAUCCAGUUCCACUUCCUGCCCUCGCAGGUCAUCGACCACGGCCGAGUCGCCUCCAAGAUAGAAGCUUACCAGGUUCACGUGGGACCAAUGAGAAGUACUAGUAUUGGAUGGUUAAAGCUGAAGAGCGCCAGCCCUCUAGAUCACCCAAUCAUCCAGCCCAACUACCUCUCAACAGACACUGAUGUAUGGGAGUUCAGGGAGUGUGUCAAGCUUUCUCGGGAGAUCUUUGCCCAGAAGGCCUUCGACCCAUUCCGGGGGCCCGAGGUACAGCCAGGGCCUGAGUGUCAGUCAGACGCCGAGAUUGAUGCGUUUGUGCGUGACAAGGCAGACAGCGCCUACCAUCCGUCCUGCACGUGUAAGAUGGGUUCUCCAUCUGACCCAAUGGCGGUGGUGGACCCAGAGACGCGCGUGCUGGGCCUCGAGGGCCUCCGUGUGGUCGACGCCUCCAUCAUGCCCAGCGUCGUCAGCGGCAACCUCAACGCCCCCACCAUUAUGAUCGCGGAGAAGGCUGCUGACAUCAUCAGAGGGCGACCGGCGCUCGGCGACCCUGGGGUGCCUGUGUACCAGCCUGGAUCUCUAGAGACCCAGCGAUGAGCUUCACACAGAUGUGUGGAACCUGCAGCGUCACCAUCUCCUAAGGGCCUGAACAGCCAGAGGUGGAUGCUAGGUAUUCAUGUACACAUCCCUCGGUCUUUACCGACAAAGUUUCUCUUCGAUUUGAUCUAUGUAAAGGAAAAACAGUAGCGUAAAAAGUACAGAUAAGCCUUCCAUUGUCUAACCUGUCCAUUGGUGUAAAAUUCGGGUAGAGCUUGUACCUUCAAGGGUCUCAGUGGCAGCUGCUUUUUUGUUUGUUAUUUAAUACUCGGCAUCAUGACGAUGUAGUAGACUCAUACCACAGGUAUGACAAAACAUUUAUUUGUACUGCUCUAAUUACGUUCAUAGCCAGUUUAUAAUAGCAAUAAGGCACCUCUGGGGUUUGUGUUUUAUGGCCAAUAUACCACGGCUAAAGGCUGUGUGCAGGUACACCACGUUGCGUCAUGCAUAAGAACAUUCCUUAGCCAUGGUAUAUUGGCCACAUACCACACCCCCUUGUGCCUUAUCGCUUAAUUUGAGCAGAGCUGCAAUAAUAUAUUACAGUAGUAUUCUCAUACGCUUGCAUAGUAUUAACCCUUAUGUUCAUGCUAGCCUUAACAAUGUGACUUCUAAGUCUUAGGACUCUACUCAAUCAGAUCAGUUAGCCGACAUCUGCAUAGUAGUUGUUUUAGCGGUGUCCGAGGUGGGACAGCGUUAGAGCUGUCAAGUGGCUCCUGGCCUUAUACCUAAAACAGACAUUGCCAUUGGCCGCACGAAGUCCCAUGCAGCCUUGAUUACAAGUUUGAACACUGGAAUGUGAGAUGUGAUCUCGGGCCUAGAUUAAAUCAGAUCAAGCGUGAACCGGCGACAGCCAACACCCACACAGUGGAUGUUUUGGCAGUGUCUGAGGGUUGGAGCUGUCAGAUUGGUGAGCAGCUGCUCUUAUGAUCGUCACGAAGCCGCACCCGUCCCAGUUAUGUUAGAAGUUCAGAACCAGAAAAUGUAGGCUAUAUAGAAAUUACGCUCAAAAUGAAAAUCAUUAAACGAAAUGAGGAUUUCUAUCAACCUAAUCCAGGUGUAGAUUACAUCUCAACAUUCCAGUGUUCAAAUUCGUGAACAAGGCUGCAUGGGCUUUCUGUUAAUGCGACUCCGUGCAACCAAUGGCAAUGUCCGCUUUAGGUGGAUUCGACAUUUCUAACGCAGUUCCACCUACAACAUCGUCAAAACAACCACUUUGCGGAUGUCGGGUAAAGUGGAUCUGAUUGGGUGGAGCCCUUGAGCUGAUUUGACUCUAAGCCUUACACGAACACUUUGCACACCGAUUUUAGCGCAGACUCAAGAACCGCUGUGAUUGUGAAAAUAUUAUUCUUAAGAAAUCCUUGUCAGAUUUGAUUAUUUUUCUAAUUCCUGGCGGCUGAGUACGUAGAGCACAGAUGCUUUCCUCUGGAGGCAUUCAGUGCCGUGGAGUUUAUUCAGUUGUGAACAUUACAAAAUCAUCAGCAGUCCAUUGUAUUUCCAGGCAAAUAUUCAAGAGACUAACGCGAAUGUAAAAAUUAUUUUUGUUAAACUACAUUUUUAGGUAAAACUAAUUUGCUAUUAAGUGGAAUUAGCUGUAAUGUUAUCGGGUAGAAAUCCUCAAGUACAGUGAAUCAUUUUAACCUUCAUUUACACAUUGUGUACAGGGUUUAACAUUACCAUCAACAUUUCAAUGCAUCUUUAAAACAGAAGUAGUCUGAAAAAAUAAAGCUGUGAAUUGCACAAGUUGUAUAACAAACCUU